AUGGUCCAGAAGAUUUUGGGAGCUGAGGGCUGUCAGCCGCAUUUGACGGUGCUACCGGGUCAUCCGGACAAUCAGAUUCAACUUGAGUGGGACCAGGAGACUGAGCAGGAGCUGCAUUUUUCUGAGCAGAACCUUCAGCGUGAUCGAGAAGAGGUGAUGGUCUAUUGCCAGCCGGCUCCCAUGGAUGUGCUCGAGGACGGAUGA